AUGGCAUCAGCCAAGAAAUCAUCAACAACACCAAGUCCAUUAUUAAAAACAUAUGGUGAACGUCCAGUACCAUUUCAAUUUCCUGGUAAUCAAGAAAAAAUGUAUAUUGGAUCAGAAGUUGGUAAUUAUUUACGUUUAUUUCGUGGAACACUUUAUAAAAAAUAUCCAUCAUUAUGGCGUCGUAUGAUUUCAUUAGAAGAACGAAAAUGGUUAAUUGAAUUAGGUUGUUCAGAAUCAUCGUUACCAACAAAUUUGACAUUAUUACGUGCAACUGAAGUUGAUGAAAUAUUAAAUGGUGAUGAUGAAAAAUAUCGAGCAUUAACAUUAAAUAGUGAAUCAUCAACAACACGAGGAGAUAAAUCUAAACGAUCAGCAUGGUUGCCAACUUUUCCAACUAAUUCUCAUCAUCUUGAUGCUGUACCAGCAGCAACACCAAUUAAUCGAAAUCGAACAGCAACAAAGAAAAAAACUUUUCCUUUAUGUUUUGAUUAUACGGAUACAUCAUCAGCACUUGAAAAUUCUCAACAAUCUGAAGAUCUUGUUCCGAUUCGACUUGAUAUGGAAAUUGAAGGACAAAAAUUACGAGAUACAUUUACAUGGAAUAAAAAUGAACAAUUAAUUACACCAGAAAUGUUUGCCGAAAUUCUUUGUGAUGAUCUAGAUCUGAAUACAAUGGCAUUUGUACCUGCUAUUGCACAAGCCAUAAGACAACAAUUGGAAUCACAUCAUAAUGAUGUUUUAGAAGAUAAUAGUGAUCAACGAAUUACAAUUAAAUUGAAUAUUCAUGUUGGAAACGUAAGUUUAGUCGAUCAAUUCGAAUGGGACAUGUCCGAUAAACAGAAUAGUCCAGAAGAAUUUGCUCGUGUAUUAGCAUCUGAAUUAGGACUUGGUGGUGAAUUUGUCACAGCAAUAGCAUACAGUAUUCGUGGACAACUUAGUUGGCAUCAUAAAACCUUUUCCUAUAGCGAAACACCAAUGCCAACCGUUGAUGUUGCUACGCGAACAAAUCAUGAUGCUGAACAAUAUUGCCCAUUUUUAGAAACUCUUACAGAUGCCGAAAUGGAUAAAAAGAUUCGUGAUCAAGAUCGUAAUACAAGACGUAUUCGUCGUUUGGCUAAUACUGGUUCAGCUUGGUAG